CAUUUACUUACAGAACUCCCCCACUUCCCCACCAUGGCCAGCCUCGUCCAAGAGUUGUUCUGGCUGGUGCUGUCUCUGCUGCUGUCGUUGCGGUCGUGCGCUGCCUGCACGCGACACACGUACGUCGACUGCACGCAGGGUGACGCCAGGUGUAAGCGACAGAAAUCGAAUAGAAGACGCCGUCGUCGUAGAAAAAGGAAAUUGUGGACGAGGGAAAUUCAUAGAAAUAGAACACCGUAUGCCAUGUGGCAGCAAGUUAUGUGCGGUACUAGGGUUUCUGUCAGUGUGCGUACUGCAACUGUGCUGCGGCUGCUGCCGUCAGCGACGCCGCUGCAGUGACCCGCAGUGUUCGCCGUGCAACGAGCUCAAUAGAUACAUUGCUAUACGAUGAUAAAGUUUCUCAUAUUCCUGCUGCUCCUCCUAUGUGAGCUGGCUGUGGGCUGCCGGCGGCCGGGGCGGGGGUGCGCGCCGCCGCGCUGUCGCCGGUGCCCGUACCACGGCCCCGUGUUGGAGGUCACUUAUCCCAAUAAA